AUGCCAAUAGACAGCCACCACCAUCUUCGCCGCCUAGGAUGGCACGGACCAGGCACAGCACUUCAACCCGGCGGGCUCCAAAAACCGCUAACGACACUCCAAAAAAAGGGGAUGAAAGGCGUCGGAGGGGACAGGGACGAUGCCUUCCCUUUCUGGGAUCAUGUAUUUACGGUUGCGGCGAAGAGUAUUGUGAUCAAAGUCCCGAAGGGUGACUCCGAUUCCGAUUCCGACUCCGACUCUGGCUCGGACUCAGGUUCAGGCUCUCCCCCCCAGGCAGAGAGCACAGACACCGACCCCCCCACGCCCGCAAACCUCAUCAUCCGGACGUCAACGGGUAUCAUCUCCCACCGACGGCCGCAUCUCGGGACUCCGGCGAGCGGGAGCGGGGUUUCGGGGAGUUCGACGCCUACUGUUGUUAUUGGGGGAGAUUUGGAAACGGGGGUGGGGAUUAGGGGCAAGGCGAGUUUGUUGGCGUUGGCUAAGCAGGAAGCGGCGAGGAAGAUGUUGUAUGCGCGGUUUUUUAGAGGUCCGGUCGUCUCUUUCGGCGAUGAGCAGGAUGAGACAGCGAAAGUGGGGAAGACGGUGCAGGCGGUGCAGCAAGUAGUGGUUGUAGCAGAGAGUGAGGUCGUCUUGCAAGAGAAGGUGGAGAAGGUAGAAGUGGGAGUCACCGUUGAGCGGAAGAAGAAACGCAAGCGGGAGCCGGAGGCUGGUGCCCCAGAACCGGAGAAGAAACGGAAAAAGGGCACCAAGAAGGAUGAGAGCGCGCCGCUGUCUACGUCUGAGUCUGCUGCCUUCGUACCUGCGCCUGCUCGAGAGCACACGACGGGAGCCGCCUUGGACGAGCCGCCGACGCAGAAGAAGAAGAGUAAAACCUCUCGUGAGAAAUCAGAGGAGAAAGAUAGAGCGGAGCGAAAGCGAGAGAAGAAGCGCCGGAAGGUGGCAAAGGAGGCUCGGAGGGCUGCGAGGGCAGCAGCAGCAAACGUGACGACCUCAGCUGAGGUGGAUGGGGUUACUGCAGCUGCUCAAGACGUCAGCCAACUAUUGACGGAUAAGAGUACGCAGAAGGAAGGCAAGAGGAGAGAUAAAGCCGAGAAGAAGAAGAGGCGGAAGGAAGGAAAGACGGUCGUUUAG